AUGUCGACCCCCGGAAUGAUGCAGGCGGUUGUUUUUAAGGAGCCGUUCAAGGUUGCCGUUGUACAGAGACCGAUUCCCUCGGUGCAGGAUCCGGAGGAUGUUGUUGUUAAGGUGGGAUAUACGGCGCUAUGUGGGAGUGAUCUCCAUACAUACCGUGGCAUUGAGCCUAGUCCCCCGGGGCCUAUCAUGGGCCAUGAGUUCAUGGGUGAAAUUGUUGAGGUCGGCAGUGCGGUGAAGACGCUGCAGAAAGGUGAUCGCGUGGUAAGCUCCUUUACGACUUCUUGCGGCAAGUGCUUCUACUGCAAGCAGGGCUUCUCUUCGCGAUGCGAGAAGAACACUCUCUUCGGAUGUGAGCGCUUGGACGGUGGUCAAGCCCAAUAUGUCCGCGUUCCCAAUGCUGAGGGCACCGUCAUGAAGGCCCCGGAGGGUGUCGAUGACAAGUAUCUCGUCCUGAUGGGCGAUAUCUUUCCCACGGGCUACUUUGCCGCCAGCAAUGCGUUCAAGAACUCUACCCAGGAACAGAUCGCCGAGCAAACGGUGGUGGUGAUCGGCUGUGGUCCCGUCGGCCUUUGCGCGCUCAUCAACGCGCUCGAGUUCAAGCCCAAGCAUUUGUUGGCCGUUGACUCGGUCCCGUCUAGACUGGAGCUUGCCAAGUCGCUCGGUGCUGAGCCAUGGAACUUCAUGACGGAUCGUGAGGGUCUAGAUAAGCGUGUGCUGGAGUUGACCGAGGGCCGGGGUGCCGAUGCAGUCAUUGAGGUCGUUGGCCUCAGCCCUGCUUUGCGAACUGCGUACGACUUGCUGCGACCCUGGGGAACUAUUAGCAGUGUGGGAGUUCACAAUGCCGAGAUUCCUUGGGAUGGCAACGACGCCUAUAAUAAGAACUUGACUGUUCAGAUGGGCCGAUGCCCAGUGCGCUCAGUCUCUGACAAGGCACUGGCGGUUCUGAAGAAGAACCAACAUAAGCUUGGGUUCAUGACGGAAAAGAUCAUGCCUCUGUCACAAGCAGUGGAAGCGUAUGAAUUGUUCAAUGCAAUGAAGGUGCAAAAGGUGGUGUUUGUGGCGGAUGAAUAA